GCAACGGUUUGUAACGUAGUACACAUGAUCUGUACAAGUUUUUGUGGUUCUAGUGAUAGGAUAUAUGCUACAUGCCCAUAAUUUUAUUUCGUUGGUUUAGUUUUUUCGUUGGAUAUUUAGGAGCUUGAGCGGCCGGCCGCGCCGCGCAUAAUCUUGGCCUAGAGUCGCCACGUGUCCAUUCAGUCCCAAUCAGCAUCGUAGCAUCGUGCACACUCUAGCAAUCAGUUUCGAACGGUCAGUCAAUCUUGGAUGCCUUAAUUGUUCCUUUUUCUUUUCCACACGAAACACAGGCAUAAAACAAAAGGGGAGCCAUCGCCGGGGCGGCAGCAGCAGCUUGAUGCUACUAGCACGCCGCCGGCGUCCAUGGCGGUGCGGGUGCUCUCCACGCGCACGGUCAGGCCACCGCCGCCGGAGACGCCAUGCUCGCCGCGGCUGCGCAUCAUCCCGCUGGCGUCAUGGGACGUGGCCAUGCUCUCCUGCAACUACAUCCAGAAAGGCCUCCUCUUUUCCCCACCACCGCCAUCCAUGUCGUCCACGGCGGCCCUCGUCCAACACCUCGCCGCGGCACUGUCCGAAACGCUCGCCGACUACUACCCCGUCGCCGGCCGCUUCGUCACCGACAAGCACCACGACUCCAGCGUCGGCUGCUCUGUCUCCAUCGACUGCGCCAGGCAAGGCGUCGAGGUCAUCCACGCCGUCGCCGACGGGGUCUCCAUGGCCGACGUCAUCCCGCCGGACGCCGACGUGCCACCCGUGGUCGAGUCUUUCUUCCCGCUCAACGGCGCCGUCUGCCACGACGGCCACGAGCUCCCCCUCUUCGCCGCCCAGAUCACCGAGCUCGCCCACGACGGCACCGUCUUCCUCGGCUUCGCCUGCAACCACGCGCUCGCCGACGGCGCGGCCUUCUGGGACUUCCUCAACGCCUGGGCCCAAAUCUCCCGCUCCGGCAGCCCGCCGCCGUCUUCUCGCCGGCGCCCCUUGCUGGACCGUUGGUCGCCAUCAGCGGCGAAGCCCAUCGUGCUGCCGUGCGGCGACGUGGCGGACCUCAUCGACCGCUCCCCACCCCCAGGGCCGCCGCUGCGGUCGCGGAUGCUGCGCUUCUCGGCUGACACCCUGGCGGCGCUCAAGAACCGCGCCCGCACAGAGCUCCUGGCCUCCGGGGAUGCCGCCGGCGCGGAAGCCCUGACGCGGUUCCAGGCCCUGAGCUCCCUCAUGUGGCGCUGCAUCACCCGCGCCCGGAACAACCACACCCUUCCGCCGGAGACGGAGACGAAGAGUACCACGACGUGCCGCGCGGCCAUCAACAACCGCGGCCGGCUUCACCCGCCGCUGCCGCCGGAGUACUUCGGGAACUGCAUCGAUGCCGUCAGCACGGACUCCGUGAGCUCCUCGGACCUGCUGCUUCUGGGACACGGGUGGGCGGCGGCGGCGGUGGGGCGUUCGGUGGCGGCGCACACGGACGAGGAUAUCAGGGCGCGGGUGGCGGCGUGGGUGGAGAGUCCCGUGGUGUACACGGCGAGGUGGUACGACCCGCGUGGGACGUUCAUGGGGAGCUCGCCGCGGUUUGACAUGUAUGGGUGUGACUUUGGGUGGGGGAAGCCGGCGGCGGUGAGGAGCGGCAAGGCUAAUAAGGUCGACGGGAGGGUGUCGCUGUACCCUGGACGGGAAGGCGGCAUGGACGCCGAGGUGUCCUUAACCCCGGAGCACAUGGCGGCGCUCGAGUUGGACCACGAGUUCUGGGCAGCCGUCUUGCCGGAGCCGGGGGGGAAAGCGAAAGCCUGAAACUCUAUACUUAACUGCUUGCAUUCAACAAUAAUCUGAAGAAUGUUGUGUUGAUGUUUGCUUUACAACUUCUUUUGACCAGGAGCUGUGUUGUCGCUGGUCAAUGCUUGCUUAAUUUUAUUAAUUUGCUCGUCUCUCAAUCUUUAGACCACAAUGUAAAAGGGUUUCCGGUGAUCGAUCAUUUCAUCGCGUCACCACCUUAUUUUGCUUGCCGCCAACUAAUUUUAUUUUUAUUAUUACA